UUAAUUGAAAAAUAAUUUAAAUAAUAUUAAAAUUAAUUAAGUACAGACAUUAUGUGGGUUUUUCCCAGUUUUUCCACUCAUGUCACUUUCCUGUUGCAGGAUCCAGUUCAAGUUACUACUUGGCAAGAAAUCAUCGUGACUCCUUGGUCUCCUCCUCCAACUUGUGUCUCAUCCUGUCUUCCUCUGGCCUUCAUGACCUCCAAAGUAUAUACAAGUGAGGUUAAAUUCUUGAGGGUUUUGUUUUGUUUUUUUCUUUUGUUACCAUUUGUAAUCAUUUCUUGACCCAAUACUGCAGUAACUUGUUAAUGUAAUACUUAUCAAACGCGAUGUCCUGUUAGAGUGAAAAAUGGAAGGAAAAUUGGGUAUUCAUAUAGAAACUUAUAGACAAAUAGCAAAACCGGAAAACAUUGGGUGUUAUUUGGAUGACAGUUAUGAUACCAAAAGUAAAAUAAAAUGAAAUAACUUCUUUGGUUAUUGCAGUAAAAGCAAACAUUCCAAUACUGCACACAUAGCCUGUAUAUAAUGUCAAACUUAGCCAUUUACUUGCAUUUUAUAUGUACCAACACUUCCAAGUAACUUAUGAGUCCAUUCAACCUAAUGAGUAAUGAAGAAUUAUUAGGAGCAAAAGGACAUUAUAAUACACAAAAUCAUAACACAAAGAUAAUCCUUUCUAAUUCUAUAGCUAAAUACAUUUCAAAGAAUGAGAGGCAGAAUUGAGAUUAAUUGAAAAAUAGACAUGUGAGAUCAUACAAGAAAGUAUAAAUAUUGGACUGUAGUACAAACUUAUGUCAGAAAAACAUGAUCUUGAGGAGAACUCUUAUGCACAUCAAAGAGCUGAGAAUCCCUUAGUUUUGAUAGAUCAUUAUCAGGUCAAAAAAGAAAAUGACUAUUCAUUGCAUUGAUUGGAUUUUUUUUUUUUAAGCAAUGGCCACAUCCUCAUAAUUUCAUGCAAGGACCAAUGUCACUUGAGUUAGUGAGGAGUUUGAGAAGAGGUACGAGUCAGCCAUGAGAAACCGUACAUCAUUAUCUACAUUCAUACUUCUGGGACUGACAGAUGAUCCUCAAAUGCAGCUUCUCAUUUUUCUAUUUCUGUUUGUCUCCUACACGCUGAGUAUAACUGGGAACCUGACCAUCAUUAUACUCACUUUGGUAGAUUCUCGCCUUAAAACUGCCAUGUACUUUUUCCUCAAACACUUCUCCUUUUUAGAAACCUUCUUCACUACGGUCUGCAUCCCCAGGUUCCUAUACAGCUUAUCAACUGGGGACAAAACUAUCUCCUAUAAUGCCUGUAUGGCUCAAUUAUUUUUUGUCUUCCUUUUUGGAGCCACAGAAUUUUUUCUCCUGGCCGCCAUGUCCUAUGACCGCUACGUGGCCAUCUGCAAACCCUUACAUUAUGCGACCAUCAUGAACAGCAGAGUCUGUGGAUGGCUUGUCAGCUGCUGCUGGAUAGCAGGUUGGUUGGUCAUAUUUCCACCACUGUGCCUGGGCUUAAACCUGGAAUUCUGUGACUCUAACAUCAUCGAUCAUUUUGGCUGUGAUGCUUCUCCUUUGCUGAAGAUAUCUUGUUCAGACACAUGGUUCUUAGAACAGAUGGCUGUUGCCCUUGCUGUGCUGACUGACAUCAUGACACUUCUGUGUGUAGUUAUGUCCUAUACCUACAUCAUCAAGACCAUCAUAAAGUUCCCAUCUGCCCAGCAAAAGAUGAAGGCCUUCUCUACCUGCUCUUCUCACUUGAUAGUGGUUUCUAUCACCUUUGGCAGUUGUAUCUUCAUCUAUGUCAAACCUUCAGCAAAGGAUGAAGUCGCAAUUAAUAAGGGUGUGUCCGUGCUCACUACUUCAGUUGCCCCCAUGUUAAACCCAUUUAUUUAUACCCUGAGGAACAAGCAAGUGAAACGAGCUUUCACAGACUUAAUCAAAAGAAUUUCAUUGAUCUCAAAGAAGGAAUGUUGAAAGUAAGCAUAAAAUAUAAAUAUAAAUACAAAAAGAGUAGUUCACCUUAAAGUCAUAAUCUUCAACUCUUUGUUUUUUCUUUUUUAGCCACACUCGAAGCCUAUGGAUGUUACCAGGCCAGGCAUUGUAUCCAAGCUGCAGCUGCAACCUGUGCCACAGCUGCAGCAAUGCCAGAUCCUUAACCUGCUGUGCCACAACAGGUACUCCAUAAUCUUCAAUUCUUAACUAUUGUGCCCUGUUCUACUGUCUGUUCAUAUUAAAUGAUUAUAACACUGUUACUCCUGAAUCUUGUCUCCAAAAUCAUCAUUUCAAUCCAUGUUAAA